AUGCCCUUAAAUCAAAUCCUGCGUCAAAGGAGCCACGCGUUGGUUAGCUUCCUCAACGCCAACAGAAUUCUGUUGUACACGCUCACGUCCACAAUCGCCGUUGCCGCUGUCAUCACAAAUGCGCUGAAGAAUCACAGCAACUUUUACUCUGUCGCUAUUUACCUCUCUAAAAGCAGUCGUAGCGUCCUUGCUUUGGCUAACUUUGGCUUUCUUGUCGCCCUCCUCUGUGGCCAUAUCGUGCAGAAGAUAUUCUUUGGAAGCCUUAGGCCCAGCGAGGUGGAGCGUCUGUACGAUCGCCUCUGGUUCUUCAUCACUGAGUCACUUCUGGCUUUCACCAUAUUCCGCGACGAGUUUGAUAUUUCGUUUGCUCUAAUGUUUGGCUUCCUUCUGUUUGUUAAAUCAUUCCACUGGCUGGCAGGGGAUCGCAUAGAAUGGAUGGAUCAACGGCCAUAUCCCGGGCCCUCCGUUGUUUUCCACAUCCGAAUGACAAUUCUCUUUGGAAUGCUAUGGACCACUGACUGCCUUAUGUUUUUGUUCGCUGCAGAACAUACCAUCUCAGUCGGAGUAGGUGGUAUGGUCUUGUUCGCAAGCGAGUAUGCCAUCCUCAUGGCCAGUGUAAUGAACACGAUUCUCAAAUAUCUUCUUUCCUCAUACGAGUUGCGAAGAGCGGGUCGGAGGGGCGGGGAGAAUGCACCACCAUGGGAAAACAAGAGCAUGUGGGUAUUUUAUAUUGAAUUAGCUACAGAUUUUCUAAAGCUGACGACCUACCUCAUUUUCUUCACCAUCAUCAUCACUUUCUACGGACUGCCACUAAACAUCAUUCGAGAUGUGUACAUAACGGCCCGUUCUUUUGUGACGAGACUUCGAGCACUUCACCGAUACCAGACGGCAACACGUAACAUGGAUCAGCGGUACCCAAAUGCAACGGAGGAAGAGCUUGGGGCUAUGAGUGACCGCACAUGCAUUAUUUGUAGAGAAGAAAUGAUUUUCCAGGCCGCCCCACCACCUAAUUCUGACGGCCCAAACACUACUCCGAAGAAAUUACCUUGUGGCCACGUAUUUCAUUUUUACUGUCUUCGCUCAUGGCUCGAACGCCAACAAAGCUGUCCCACAUGUCGCCGUACGGUGCUUGAAACACCUGGCGCACCGCGAGCCGCUGACAUUCCUGCUGUGCCCGUAGCAGGAGCGGCGCCUCAACAGGCCAACCAGAGAGGGUUUCAAAUCCUCAACCCACAGGACGCCAAUAACCCCUUGGGCCAUCCACUCGGCUUCGUUGGGCGCCUGUUCGGCGCCCCUGCCCAGGCUCCAGGUCCGCUUCCCGCAAAUCAAAACAACAACGCGCAAAAUGCCGUCGUGGCAGGUCAAGGUCCUCAGGGAAUUUUGAUCCAAUAUCAAAUCCAGUACCAACUUCCCAGACACAACGCUCCCCAGGAACCUCAACACAUCCAACUGCGACAGCCCGUUCCUCGAUUUCCUGGCCUCCCUGGCCCUGGCGGAAGUUGGCAACAAUGGCCCCAAUCACGGCCGGCGAGCCAGGCCAAUUCUACAUCAUCUACAUCCACUGCGGGCUCGGAGACUCCACAAAACACUGACCCUUUUCCAACCCCCUCCGCCUCUGUUGGCGGCGUGAGGUCAGGAUCCAAUUCACCGACGAGUACAUCCUCCGACCCUGGAACACCGGAGACAGCAAGGGAUGCAGCGGCUCUCGCAGCUAUACGUAGACUUGGCGGUAAUGCGCUUGAUGCCUCUAGAUCGCCUUCUCAGCGGCCAGCCAAGGUCAACACACUCCAAUCGUCACCGUCAGCUACAAAUGCUCCAAAACUAAUCCCCCUAUAUAAUUUCAAUCUGCAAAAUCCACCUUCUCAACAUCGAUCUCCGAUUGCUGCGAACGGCGUAAGGACGUCCUCGCCUCCAUGGCGUCGGGAGCCUCCAAUUCGUAGUGAGAACGGAUUUAUCUUCCCCAACCUCCAUCCAGAACAAACUCGUCAACAAGACCCUCGGGUGUCAGUCCUGCCUUCGUCACCGACUGAGCAACAACUUCAAAUAAUGGAUCGACUGACCCGAGAAGCUAUCGAUGAGCGUUUGAAGGUUCUCGAGGGCGUAUCCGGGACCUUACAUCGAUGCAUCAACGACUUGAUGAGGAUGCGCAGCGUACUGCCACCAAUCCCAGCGGUUCCAAGCACAAGCAAUGAUUCGAGCGAUGCUUCGACAAUUCCAACAGAGUUGCAAAAAACUGAGGAUGAUGAUGGGAGUGCCAUUGAUUCGAGUCCGGAAAGCGUUUUGUCUAAACUCCUUCAGUCGGAACCUCAUACAGCGAACAACUCUUCCAAUGGCUCAGGAGUAGAAUAA